AUGCAGAAUACCCAGAUUUUAAUUAGUGUUUUUCAUGAAAAUGAAAACGGAGGGAAAUUCGGGUUAUCUCAAUGUCCAGGGAAAAACCUGAAAAAAGGAAGGGAUGGAAAAGUGCACCAAAGGAGCAUUGUAGAAGAUUUAGAAAAUUUUAAGGCGCGCGGGGUUUCUGUAAUUGUUUGUUUAUUGAACAUUUACAUUAACUUAAGUAUUUAAGGCACCUAGUGCCAGUCCCAAAAAUAGAGACUUGGCCCGACUAGUGAUGCCAUGGGACAUUGUAUCACUUAAAUGGCGCAUCACAUGGGCAGACUUUCCAAGACAAUGUCGUCGCCAACCGUUUGUUAUUAAACAAUUAUGAGUUACGAUCAAUAGGAGUCAAUCCAACUGUAUACCAAGACUCCGCUAAAAGGCUUGAUAUUACACUUAUACAGUAUCCUAUAAUUGAAAUGAGCGUUCCUGAAUCAUUUGAAAGUAUGGACGAACAAGUAAUUUUCCCUAUAAUAAAUUUUGCAAAUGAAGGGAAAUUUAUUGAUAUCCACUGCAGAGGAGGAAUUGGGAGAUCUGGACUAAUAGCGGCUUGCUUAUUUAAAAGACUAGGAGUUUUUAGCAAUCCUCAUGAAGCUAUCAAAUUUGUGAGGAAAAAAAGAGAUAAACGCUGUGUAGAGAGCCAAAAUCAAUACAGCUUUAUUGUGAGAUAUUUUAAUUUAUAA